GCAUAUUCACACUUUUUUUACCAGUGUAGACGUACGCAGCUCAUUCCUUCCCUGUAGUGAUAUGCAUAUGGAUUUUCUGGAGGUUACUUCAACUUUACUCUUUUUAAAGGGCUCACAUUGUUAGUUUCUCUAGCUCAUUCACCACUCUCAGCUUACCAAACACGAUUCUCUGCUAAGUAUAUUGACCAUUUGAAAAAGGAUUCACCUUUCUCUCUGUUUUCAUCUUCUCAGGCUUACAAGCCAAAAACCCCAGUUAGUAGAAUCGAAUGACUGAAAGAUUUUGGUGAUAUUUUGGGCUUCAUCUGAGAAAAAUGUUGGAACCCAGAUUCAGAACGUUUGUUGUAGCCCUGUUUUCUCUGUCAGUGGUUUGGAGAUCACUUCCAAUGGUGGAAUCAGCCAUUGGAGUGAACUGGGGUACCAUUUCUCUUCACAGGCUCAAGCCAUCGACUGUGGUGGAUCUCUUGAAAGAUAACAAGAUAUCCAAAGUGAAGAUUUUUGAUACGGACCCUGGUGUUCUCAAGGCUCUGAUGGGCAGUGGUAUGGAGGUCAUGGUUGGGAUCCCAAAUGAGAUGUUAGCUUCCUUGAGUUCUUCCACUGUUGCUUCUGAUUUAUGGGUUCGUCAGAAUGUGUCCGCCUAUGUGGGCAGAGGAGGUGUUAAUAUCAGGUAUAUCGCAGUUGGAAAUGAACCCUUCCUAACAAGCUACUCAGGUCAGUUUCAGUCCUAUGUCAUGCCCGCCAUGCUAAAUCUGCAACAAUCCUUGGCAAAGGUGAAUCUUGCUAGCUACAUAAAGUUAGUGGUCCCUUGCAAUGCUGAUGCCUAUGAGGCUUCACUUCCUUCUCAAGGCGCAUUUAGACCCGAGCUGACACAAAUUAUGACUCAAAUUGUCGAAUUUCUCAACUCAAAUGGAUCCCCAUUUGUAGUCAAUAUUUACCCUUUUCUCAGCCUGUAUGGGAAUUCAGAUUUCCCUCAAGACUAUGCAUUCUUUGGUGGAACUACCCAUCCUGUUACAGAUGGGGCCAGUGUUUACACAAAUGCAUUUGAUGGAAAUUAUGACACUCUGGUUGCAGCUCUCACCAAACUUGGAUAUGGUCAGAUGCCGAUUGUCAUUGGGGAGGUAGGUUGGCCGACGGAUGGGGCAAUUGGUGCAAAUCUCACUGCUGCAAGGGCAUUCAACCAAGGCCUCAUUAAUCAAGUUUUGAGUAAGGAAGGAACCCCUUUAAGGCCAGGUGUCCCUCCCAUGGAUAUUUAUCUAUUCAGUCUGUUCGACGAAGGGGCAAAGAGCGUUCUUCCAGGAAACUUUGAAAGACAUUGGGGUAUAUUUUCCUUUGACGGCCAGGCUAAGUAUCCUUUGAACCUUGGUUUGGGCAACAGAUUAUUGAAGAAUGCAAAAAAUGUUCAAUAUCUUCCAUCUAGGUGGUGUGUGGCAAAUCCAUCUAGGGACCUAUCAGAUGUGGCUAACCACAUGAAGCUGGCCUGUAGCAUGGCCGAUUGCACAACACUCAACUAUGGAGGGUCAUGUAAUGAACUUGGAGCUAAGGGAAACAUUUCUUACGCGUUCAACAGUUACUAUCAGUUGCAAAUGCAGAAUUUACAGAGUUGUGAUUUUGACGGGCUUGGUAUGGUUACUUUCUUAGAUCCUUCUGUUGGUGAGUGUAGGUUUCUUGUUGGUGUCACUGAUACUUCUAGUUCUCACUCAUGUAAAAGAUGGGUCAAUGUUUGGUUUUUGAUUUUGUGGGGGAUUGGGGUAUUCUUAGUGUAAAAAAAAAAAAAAAAAGCUAUUAGGUAGUCAUACUGUAAGGGAAUUGGAUUGGGGGGAAUUCUUAGUGUGGAAAGAAGUUUCUUAAGUGGGUUUUUCCAUGUCCCUUCUUCUGAAACUGGUAUAGGUGAUAGAUUGUUGUAGACAAUGAUUCUAUAAUUAGACUGUAUCAUGUUAUAGUA